AUGCGAAACUGGCUGGUGCUGCUGGGCCCGUGCGUGCUCGGGGCGGCGCUGCACCUCUGGCUGCGGCUGCGCUCCCCGCCGCCCGCGCGCGCCUCCGCCGAGUCCCCCGCAGAGCCGUUGGCCCCGUUUCCCCAGGGGAAACACAGUCACUAUGACGUGGUGGUUGGCGUGUUGUCCGCCCGCAGUAACCAUGAGCUUCGAAGUGUGAUCAGAAGCACCUGGCUGAAACAUUCCCUCCAGCACCCCGCGCUCGGCCACCGGGUGCUGGUCAAGUUCAUCAUCGGCGCCCGGGGCUGCGAGGUGCCCGUGGAGGACCGGGAGGACCCCUACUCCUGCCGGCUGCUCAACAUCUCGGACCCGGUCCUGAACCAGGAGAUCGAGGCGUUCACUUUCCCCGAAGACCCGCCCUCGGGCCUCUCCAAGGACCGCGUGGUCAGCGUGAGCUUCCGCGUGCUGCACCCCAUCGUGAUCACCAGCCUCGGGGUGCUGGGCGGCGCCAGCGACGUGGGCUUCCAGAGGAACAUCACCGUCAGGCUGUACCAGGCAGAGCAGGAGGAGGCCCUCUUCGUCGCUCGCUUUAGCCCCCCGAGCUGUGGGGUGCAGGUGAACAGACUGUGGUACAAGCCCGUGGAGCAGUUCGUCUUACCAGAGAGCUUUGAAGGUACAGUCGUGUGGGAGAGCCAAGACCUGCACGGCCUGGUGUCCACAGAUCUCCACGGCGUGGCCAUCAAUGACGGGGGCGGAGUCCUCAGGGUCACCACGGCCGGGGAGGGUGCGUGGCCUCCUGAGCUCGCGGAAGGUGCGGAGGGCGUGGCCGGCGGCUUCAUUUACACGAUCCAGGAAGGUGAUGCCCUCUUACAAAACCUCCACUCUCGCCCCGGCCGGCGCGCUGCCCACCUGAGGAGCCUCCGCGAGGAGGACGCCUUGCUGCAGGAGGAGAGCAGCCGCCACGGCGAUAUUGUCUUCGUGGACGUCGUCGACACCUACCGGAACGUCCCCGCGAAGCUGCUCAACUUCUAUAAGUGGACCGUGGAAGCCACCAGCUUUGAUUUGUUGCUGAAGACAGACGACGACUGCUACAUAGACCUGGAAGCCGUGUUCACCAGGAUCGCCCACAGGACCCUGCAGGGCCCGAGUGUCUGGUGGGGAAAUUUCAGGCUGAACUGGGCCGUGGACCGGACGGGGAAGUGGCAGGAGCUGGAGUACCCGAGCCCUGCGUACCCUGCCUUUGCCUGCGGCUCGGGGUACGUGGUCUCCCGGGACAUCGUCCACUGGCUGGCCAGCAACGCGGACAGGCUGAAGACCUACCAGGGUGAAGAUGUGAGCAUGGGCAUAUGGAUGGCGGCCAUAGGACCUAAGAGAUACCAGGACAGCCUGUGGCUGUGCGAGAAGACCUGUGAAACGGGGAUGCUGUCCUCCCCGCAGUACUCCCCGCGGGAGCUCGCGGACCUGUGGAGGCUGAAGGAGCUGUGCGGCGACCCUUGUCAGUGCGAGGCCAGAUGAGGGCCUCGCGGGGAGGGGCUGGGCGUCUGCGGGAACUGAGAGCAGGUGCGGCCGGAUGCGUGCUGAGUGCUCCCUCGGGAGCUCCAGGCGGGCUCUCCUGGACCCUCGUUGUGUCACUUCAUGUUCGCAGUUUCCUCUUUAAGAAUCAACCCUGAUGCUGUAGCAUAACAGAAACUGUAUUUAUGUAUCGGGAGAUUUGAAAAAUACCAAAUAGUUUAUAAGUCCUGAUGCAUCGUUUCUAGUUAGCAUUCACUAGCUAUCAUUUUUGGUUAAAAGUCGGCUUGUUCAGAAAUCUUGAGUGACUGAGAGUUGGACUUUCAGCCUGGAUUGCAGAAUAGCUUCGUCUCGCACGAUUAGGACAAUUAUAUGGGCCGAAAAACUCACCGAAAUGCUGUGCGAUGCUGUGGUCGCUCUGAGCAGGAGUCACUUGUACCAAAGUGUGGGUUUCUGGAAAUAACAUCGCUUUCUGUGGAUGUCUGAGCAAAGGGGGCAACUUAGACCUGGGGAAGAGCCCGAUGAAUUCUCAGGUCUGGACCUUGGUUUUAAAGUUCAUUUAUCAUUAAUGGACAAAUGCACAGUUUUUUUUGCCAUUUCACACAAAUCCUGGGAGUCACAGUUUAGUACUCCUAUUAAAAAUGCGACAUUUUUGUGAAUAUAAGUAAAAUCAAAUAUUCUCAGGGUUUUAGUGCCAGAGGGAAGGAUAUUUUUAAAUAGUUGACACUUUGAAAGAAUUAUGCUUUCCUGCUGUCAUUGCCUAAAGUUUACCUAAUAUGAGUGAGAUUUGAUCAGUGCUGGGAAUCGUUUACAGCAGAAGAUAGGCUCCUAUAGGGGUAACUGCGAGAGGAAGCAUGUAACUAACUUUGAGAAGUGCUCUUACUCUGAGCACUGCGGUCGAGCAGAGUGAUCGUAGCAUGUCUGCUGUACACAGUGGAGGGUGUGCCCCUAAGUUUAAGGGACAUUUCCCUAAAUGACCAACCAAAUCACUUUAGUAGCCUUUUAAACCAGUAGUAUCAAUAGAGGAUUCCAUUAAACUGGUCUUAUGACAGACAUGAACUGUGUUCAGAUUUUAUUAGACUAGCUAGGUUCUAUUUAGUAUUGGGAUCUCCACAUAAUGAAAUGCAGUCACGAACUAUAAAUAUGAAAUAAAAUCAGAAAAUCAUUAGUUGGUACAAAGCCUUUAUUGUCGCUAUUAUGUACAAGCCUAGAAACAGUCUCUUCCCUAAAGAAAGUACAGCCUCUGAGAGAACUGCUCCCGCAGGUCAUUUCUUGCCGGUGGGCCCGGAACCACAGUCGUCUCUGAGCUGUGUGAGCUGCUGUCACCAUCGCACCAGCAGGCAGUCUCCAUUCUCCACAGAGUAGAACUGUAAGGACUGCUGGUCAUUUUCUAGUUCAAUCUCUCUGCCCGGCAUCUAAAGUCAGAACAAAGGCUUGGGUGACUCAGACAGACCUGCCAGAGCGAAUCACAUGCCCCGCCCCAAGCCCGCGGAGUCAGCCCUGGAGGCUCAGUUGCACAGCUGCCACUGCUGUGGCCGGGCUGGCGGCUCCGGGCAGCUCACCUUGGGGCUCUCGUAGGCCAGCAGCAGGUCCGACACAGGGACCUUGAGGAGGCGGGACAGCAGCCCUUUCACCUUCUGAAUCGUCAUGGAGUCUGUCAAAGAGAAGCCCCCCGUGCUCUCAGGUGACAGUCACCUGUCACAGGCGGUCAGUGCAGGACCGCAGGUCCAGUGGCAGCUGAACUGUCACCUCAGAGGCCGGGGAGCAGACCCGGUCUGAGCACUCAGAGCCUGUGCUCGGCCCGCGUGCCCUGGUCAGCGAGUUUUCACACUGUUCGGUGGCGUCUAAUCCUCCCUCCCUCAUCCCAGUCACCAGAAGUCAGGUUCUCUGCAGAGGAUGAUGUGAGGAAAAUCAUUAACUUCUCCUUUCAGUCUCUGUGGUUGUGAUGCCCUAACUACAGACACUGCGGGGCCUCUGGAGGGAGGGGUGCCUACAUGGUCUGCCGGGCCCUCCCCGCAGGCGGCCGGCAGUCACCACAGCGGGUCCCUGUGCUGGACACACGUACAGUGCCCACCAGGCCUGGGACGCAGCCUCAGGAGUAAACGCUUCGGUUUGUUCAAAAAACACUAUGUAUGAACUUUUCUCCAAAGAUAGUUGUGGUAAAUAUUGGCUAUUUUGAUGAGAAACACAGUUUCUUUGAAGCUUUAGCUGGAGGUACAGCAAUAGUGUGGUGUUCCUACAAAUAUCACAUGGAUUCAAAUAUUUUUCUAUCAAAAACCAUUUUUGUAAAGGCUGUCUGUUUUUAUGCAACUUGUGAUAAUAAAUGUUCUUUAUUUUAGAAAAAAAUA